AUGGGGAAGACAGGUGUUCCCUUGGGCCCGCUGUGCCGGUGGUACAUCUACGCCCUCCACGGCUACUUCGCAGAGAUCAUGUUCACCGCCACGUGGAACUUUGUCGCGAACCGGAACUGGAAGUUGUUCGGCGUCACCAGCGUGUGGGCCCUGUUCAUCUAUGGCACUUUCGGCAUGAUCUUGGAGCACCUUUACCUCGCGAUGCGGUGCCGGUGUAACCUCCUCGUCCGGGGCGUCCUCUACACCUUGUGCAUCUACCUGUGGGAGUUCUGCACCGGCUACAUCCUGCGCUGCUUCAACGCCUGUCCCUGGGACUACAGCGGGUUUCGUCACAACUUCAUGGGCCUCAUCACCCUGGAGUAUUUCCCCUUUUGGUUUGUUGGGUCCCUCUUGCUGGAGCGGCUCGUGGUCUAUAACGCGCUUCGCCUCCGACUGGACAAGACCUGGAAACCCAAAGAGAAUCCUGAACUCCAACCUGAACUUAAAGAUGACUGA